AUGAGUAGGACGGCAAACGAGCUGACGUAUUACCUGAUGAUAUUGGUUUCAACGCUAAUCGCACUCGGUGAAUCAUCACGUGGCAAAACGUAUUCGGCUGAAUAUAAUCCAAGAGCCGUACAAGAUGACAUCAGUAGCGACAACCAUAGUUUAAAAAAGUCAAGUCCACGAGCGGACUCAAGUGGAAGCGAGGACCGAGAUCAUGAGCGGGAUCGACCUAAAAAAGAUGAUUCAAGCAAAGAGCAAGCUAAAGCGGCUAAGUCUAGCAACGAGAGUGAUGAUGAUGAGGACGAAAAAAACACUUCAGUUUCUCGAGAAGAUAGACAAAGAAGUACGAAGGGUCUGAAUGCAGAUUUUGAACCAGAAGAAGAAAAUCCAAAAAUUCAUGGCAGAUAUCAAAAGAAUUCCGAAUCAGAAGCUGAUUCUGAUGGUCAGUAA